AAACGAUAGAUGUCUACGAUUUGUCACAGAAUAUGGAAAGCCGUUCCGGCCAAAAGGGUAUCGAGUUUAAAAAAGCGUAUCGAGUUUAAAAAAGGGUAUCGAGUCGCAAAUGUGCUACCAAGAAUCACGUGCAACAUGGUCGAGUUUUGGAAGAUGAAAAACACUGUUUCGAGAAAUUUUACUACCCAGAAUAUUUGAACAAAAAUAACCUAUCGAGAAUAUUUCAACAAGAAAUAACCUAUCGAGAAUAAGACACAGAGAAAAGGUGGAAAGGAUCUCUUACACUCUCUCUCACAAACAGCAGGUGACAAUAACUGCAAUCCUUAAACAAAAUGGCGGUCAAUAAGCAAUCGUCAACAAUUGUUUCCGAAAUUAAAAGCAAUUUUUCAAUGCUUUCCGUUGUUUUACAAAACUCCUCCCCGAGCACUUCAGCAACCUCAAGCAAUACUGUGGAGGAAGAAGUCCAAAGCAUAUUUCAUCCAGGAUCACGGAAUGAAAGGAAAAGAUGUUCCUUACUGCCUUUUCAAAACAACCAACUAGUUCCACAAGUCACAAACAAGAAUAACCAACUAAUUCGAGGAAAAGAUGUAAUGCAUAGCCAGGUGAAUGGGAAAAUGGGAAAUCUCUAUGUAAAUGUUUGUGAUGAUGAGGUAAAUGAGCAAAAGCAAGAAAGCAAUUGUGGAGUGACAGAAAGAAAUAUGUCUCAGCAAGCUAUCACAGAAUCUCAGGUUAUCGGCAAAGUUCAGUGAGCAUUCAAAAGCCGAACAAUCUCAGGCAAACACAGAUUUGAUUGCACAAGCAAAAUCUGGCACAGGGAAAACAUGUGUCUUUAGUGUGAUUGCUUUGGAAAGCAUCAUUCUUACAAUGAUGUCUAUACAAGUGUUGGUUCUUGUGCCGACUCGAGAGAUAGCUGUUCAAAUCAAGGAUGUAAUGAACUCUAUUGGUCAACAUAUGCAAGGACUUCAUGUAAAUGUUUUUAUUGGUGGUUUGUCUAUUGAAGAUGACAAGAACAAGUUGAAACUUUGUCAAAUUGCUAUUGGUACACCAGGACGGGUCAAACAUCUAAUUGACAGCAAACUUUUGUCUACUUCUUCCAUUCGAUUGCUUAUUCUUGAUGAGGCUGAUAAACUUUUGGAGGAAAACUUUCAAGAUCAGAUCAAUUGGAUAUUUUCAACACUUCCUGAAAGCAAGCAAGUGUUGGCUUUGUCUGCAACCUAUCCAAACUAUCUUAGCGAGCAUUUACAGAAAUAUAUGAGAAAUCCAACUUUUGUUUGUUUAAAUGCCAUGGACCCUGCACUAGAAGGGAUUCAUCAUUAUUUUUGCACAAUACCAAGUCAUUCUCUCCCACAUAAAACAUUUGAUGAAAAGGUUAAUCAUUUACUGGUUAUGUUGUCACAGAUUUCUUUCCAUCAAUGCCUUAUCUUUUCUAACUAUCAAAUAAGAGCAAAGAAUUUGAGUGAAACUUUGGCUAAAAAUGGAUUUCCUUCUACACAUAUUUCAGGUGGUCAAGGCCAAAAUGAACGUCUUGAUGCAAUGAGGAAGUUGAAGGAGUUCAAAUGUCGUAUUUUGAUAUCAACAGAUCUUAUGUCUCGUGGCAUUGAUGCUGAGCGUGUGAACCUUGUGAUUAACAUGGAUCUUCCACGUGACUCUGAGACAUAUUUACAUAGAGUUGGGAGGGCUGGACGUUACGGAUCGUAUGGCGUGGCCAUAAAUUUCGUGGCCGCAGGAAAAGAGGAAUCAAGUUUGAAAGACAUCGAAAUUAAAUGUGGAAUAAACUUCGAUCCUUUGCCAGAAGAUUUAUCUGAGCUCAUAUGUGAAGAUGCGUUUGCCGAAUGUAGUUUGAUGAAGACAAAAGGCGAGAUGCCUUCAUUAACUUCUACGGCUGCUACAACCAUAGUUGGAGAAGGGAAGGUGAAAGAAGAUGAUGUCCUUUGCUGUGAAACUACAAACCUUGUUCAUAAUGGCGAAACGAGUUCCACAAUGACGAAAGAAAAUUUAGUUGAAGGUUUGAAUGAAGGAGCGAAGAAUAAAAUUCACGAGAUUGUAGCUUUCACUGACAUUGUGGUUGAUAAAAGUUUUGAAUGUGUUAACAAUAAUGAACAAAGGAAAAAUAAAGAAAAGUUAACGCGAGUAAUUGAAAAUAAUUCAGACAAUAGCGAAAGUUCCACAACGGAAAUCUUAAACUAUGGCAUUAUUAAAGAUGUUGAGUUGGCUGAAAACAAGAGCAUUUACACAUCUCAAGCUUCCGUCGUUGCUGACGUUUGUCGUCAAGGAAACGGACAGACUGUCGAGGAUCCAGGAAUUAUGGGUAAUGUGAAAAACGAAUUUGUUGACGUUAAAAGUGAAAAUGUUGCUGUUGAAAAUCAGGAAGCUAUGACAUCCAAAGUGAACAGUGUAGAAGGAAAAGAGAUCAAAAGUCAUCACAACAUUGAAACAAUAUACGAUACAGAAAACAAACUAAAUAACUUUAAAAGUGCUAUGAUUUAUCCUUCAACGUCACAAGUCAUCUUUCCUAAACAAUGGGAUAAUGGAUUUUUUACUGAGAAAAACAAAUUGGAUGAAUUUGAGUUGUCGGAAUCCUCCGUUUGUGAUGAUUGCGAAUCGUCAAGCCAAAAUUGCGACUGGCGUGAAGAGUCACGUGAUUCUUGUGAAGGGUCAAAUGAUUCUACUGAAGAGUCAUGUGAUUCUACUGAAGAGUCAUGUGAUUUGAGUGAAGAGUCAAGUAGUGCGUGUGAAGAGUCGUAUGAAUCGUAUGAAAAUUUGCGUGGUUCGUUUAAAGACUCGCGUGAUUCGUGUGAAGUAGCACACGAUUUGUGUGCAAAGCUGCGCGAUUUGUGUGAAAAAUCAAGCGAGUUGCACGCGCCUAUCUCAUGCAGGUAUUUUGAUGAUAUGUUUGUAAAACAUUUAAACGAUCAUGCAAACACAGGCCUUCAUAAAGAUUUAGAAAACGAAAAACCAUUAUCCUGUUUGGCAAAGAGAACAAGCUUCCUCGAUGAGUUUAAUGAAUUUGGCUCAACAGAAUUCGUCUCUGGUUAUGAGAGAGAAGUUUUAGAAAUGAGAACUUCUGCUCCACAAGAUUGUGUUGGUGCACAGUCCUGCAAUUUAGAAACUAAUAAAACAAAUACGACAGUCAAUUCGACCGAUUCCCGCAACGUAUGGAACCAUGGCAUGGAAGCCAUGUUUUAUGGUGCCACCACUGAUGACGUCACAGCCUACAUGGCGCAGUUGCCCGUUGAUUGGACAAACAUGUGGUAUAGAGCCUACGAUAAACAAACCAAUCACAUAAUGAAAUACACGAAGUUUUAUCAUGAAAGUUAUUGAUGAGAGAUAUCUGGUAUUUUAAUCGGCUAAAAUACCUACUCUGUUCUUAAUAGGUUCCGUGAGGAUUUUGUACGGAUGAAGAUGGAAAAAUUAAAUUUAUAUUUAUGUUACUUAAAUAUAACAUGAAUUUCAAAUGAACUUGCUUGCUAUUACGUCAUUGACGAAGUGAGAACGACGUCAGUAAUGUUGUGUCCCCCAUCCCCUGUUGCUGUGUUUGAUGCAGGCUCUGACGAGUCACAAGAUGUUGUUUCCUUUUAUUGAAAGAUUUUCAAAAAAGUCAUAUUUGCGUAUUGUUGUUUGUGUCACAUUUUAGAAAAUAAUUAUAAGAUAGCUAAACAAAAGAAUAUAUUCAUUAUGUACAUCAAUUUAUACUUAUAUAUCGACAAACUACAAAAAGAAUCAAAUGACGAUUUUAUUUUAAAUGAAAUCGGAAUCAACUCCAACAGUAUACAAAAUAUUUGAGAAUAAUAUUGAACUUCUAAGCAGGAUUGUUUUAAAGUAAUACUUGGGAGCAUUAAAAAGAACCUGUCUUUUUUCUUCAAUAAUCUUGUUUUAGCUUUAUCUACAUUUUAGUAUAAAAGUCUUCAUUUUACAUUUACAUUGUAUCUUGUUAAAGAUAAAGUUCUUUCAUUUGACUUAUUUCGUACGAUAGAAUUGAGUUCGCACCAUUCUUAGUUUAUUUUGAAAUUUAAAUACCACGAAGGUUCAACUGACGAUUACACUUUA